UGUUUGUAUUUUCAUACGAAACGUCAAAGUACCCCCCAUUCAGGAUGUCUGCACGAGUUUUAUUUCGUUCGUUUUCAACAAAUAUUACAAAAUAUUCAAUUAAUAAAAAUGCAAUUGGUGGCAAAAGUCUUGUAGAAGCUAUUGCCGUCAGUGAUAAUGGCAAAACAAUUGUUGCCUGGCAUCCAGACACACCAUUUCCCUAUGAAUUUUCUCGUCCAAUAUCUCCAACUGUAGCCAAAGAUUCUGGUUCUUUGGUUAAAGAGGCUUCUUUGACAAAUGCAAUGCGUGCAUUCAAAGAAAAACAUCCAGAAGUAGCUCGUCAGGAGCUAAUGAAUUUAACCCACACAACUAAACAUCGCUGGUUCCCCAGAUCAAGGGACAAGAGGGCAAAGAAGACUCCAAUGGACAGGCCAUAUUUGUAGAUUUAAGAUGAUUACAAAACAAAAUUUAAAAAAUCAAUAAAAACGAAAAUUAUAAAUAAAAUGUAAAAA